UGUCGACGCACACGGAGGAAAGCGAGCCCGGCUGAGGAGAGACGCCGUCGUCAUGGCGACCGAAGGCCGCUCGGAGCAGAUGGAGAAGCUGCGGCGCUUUGAAAUGGAAAGUAGUGAAACAGAAACUUGUGACUCAACUGAUGCCCUGUGUUCUGUAACUUCAGAAAGAAAUUGUGGUGUUUCAACUUCUCCCUUGACUUUAUGUCAAAGGAAUGUAGAUACUACAGUACUGAAAAAAAAAUACAUCUCCCCUAACACAAAGGCAUCUGGAAAGACAGAAGAAAAGCAAAGAGAGCCUCUGUUUGGCCCUAUGAGUCCCCUGCAAUCAUCAGUAAUACCAAGAAGGUCAGAGCUUCAAGAUGGUUCCACACAUCAAAUAAAAUCAGUUCAGAGAAGUGAUAGAAUAUCAGAACUAGUCAGCUACAAAUCAAAUAGUACAAACAAUUUUUCUCUUAUAUCACCAUCCAAGAGAAACAGACCUGUCAGUGCUCCUCCAGGUCAGCUAAGAUCUUCCUUAAAAUCCCAUUUGGCCCAAAAGGUCCCUGAAGUGCCCAUUUUUGAACGACAACCACAGAUACUCAGAGUAACAGCUUAUAAGAAUGGUACAAGAAGCGUGUUUGCUAAAGUUACAGUGCCACUUUCCAUUAAACUGCUGCUGGAGAAGUGCACUGGAAGGCUGAAGCUGAAUAUGGCUGCGCGACGAGUCUUCUUGGCAGACGGCACUGAAGCACUCGAUGCUAUAGACAUACCCCAUGAUGCUGACGUUUAUAUUUCAACUGGAGAGCCCUUUUCAGAUCCAUUCAAAAAAAUUAAAGACCAUCUGUUGUUAACGAAGAAGGCAACUUGGACACUGAAUGGCCUAGUCUUUCCUAAAGGUAUCAAGAGGAGAGAAACCAAGCCUGUACUAUCCACAUGUAUGAAGACACUUACAGAGAAGCCCACUGUCAGAUUUUUGGUGUUUAAGAACUGUAUGGGGCAGGAUGGUUAUGAAAUAUCAUCUCCCCCAGACCAGAAUGAAAAGUUUUUAGAUGCUUGUACCAUGAGACUGAACCUUGUUUCACCAGCAAAGUAUAUGUAUAAUAUGCAUGGAGAAAAAAUUGAAGAUCUCUUGAGUGUUCCUCUGCUGGACAAAUGCCUGCAGAAUUCCAUCACACCUCUGCGAGGACCUCUUUGGGUCUCUAAGGGAGAAGGUUUCAGCCCCUCUGGAGCAAAGAUAUAUAUCCAAGGAGUACUGUUGGCCUUGCACCAGCGAUUAAAGUCUGCUAAAAACUACUGUGAUCAGCUGGAUUAUGCCAUAGAUGGCCAGAAAGAGAAAAUCACAGACAAGGGCAUUCUAUCAAUGAAAAAAGAAGAAUUAUAUUCGGAACAUGAUGAAGUGAACAAGUUGAUUGAUGAACUGCAGGCAGCUAUCAAGAGCUACAAAGGUCACCUCUCUAAGCUUGCCCCUCAGUUACAGGCGGAACAGGAGCAAUGUGCUUCUUAUGUCUACCAACAUAUUAAAGAACUUCCUGCAACCACAGUUUCCUCUCAGGGGCUGCAGCUAAAGGUAUAUGAGAAUGGCAAGGAUACUGGCGAGAUUCUUGUUUACAUCAGUAGAAAAGAAAUGGAAAUCAAUCCUGGGGACCAACCCAGUGCUGCUAUGGAGAGGGUACAGCACAUGAUUCACCAAAGGCUUCAACAUUCAGCAGAUUUCAAACCAUCAGGCCUCAGUCGGUUUCCGACCCGGCUUUUUGACGAGACUGGACAAGAAAUUAAAAACCCACUUUUACUGCAGAACGAGCAAAAAAUUUGGGUUUCUUAUGGUGAAGAUUACAGGUCUCCCAUAAAUCCCGUCCUGAGUUUGACCUUUGACAGAGUGGCUGCAGCUGAAAAGAAUGGCACCACAGUUAUUUAUAAAACACUUCUGGAUCCCACAGUUGAUUUACUGCCUGGAUGUGACAAUUGGGAAGCUUGUGCUGGAUUUCCAGGUAACAUUCAAUUCACAAACCAUCAGGAAUGUGAAACCUCGGAAAUUGUGGAGUCAGACAACCAUUUUAUACAAUAUAAGGCUGAUUCCCAGAUGGUUCUUCUCAUGUCAGUUAACAUGGAAAAGAUGAAGAAAGAUGCUCCCAGAAGAAAUGGCCGCCGAGAGCUGACAUUCGACAUAGCACACUGGCCUCUGUCUAACAUGUGGCUGAUCACAAAGGCUGGAAUGAUUCUAAGUCGAGCUAUGGUACAAAGCAGCCUAGCUGUUGGUCAUCCAAUCAGAGCUGUGAUGCAGGAUGGGAUACCUCUUGAAGGCUAUAAGCUGUGUCUGCAGAAAAGAGACAAAAACAAUAUAUAUCAACACUGGGAGUUUGGAAAUGAUGGUUGUAUCCGUCCUAAGGCUUACCCUGAGUUUGUCCUGACCUACCUAGAGGAGCUAAAUGUAAGAGAGGAGGUGACCCAGACGGAAUACUGCACACACCAUGGGGCCCAGUCUCCAGUUCAUCGAGAGACAGAUAGCAAUGCAGCAGAAGAGGUCACUGUAUUAAGCCAGAGGCAGGUCCUGCAAAAUGAUGUCUGCAAUGAGAAGCAACUUUCAGGACCUUUGGACGCCCACUUAAGGCCUGAAGGUCCCUCAGGGGGGAAUAGGCAGCUGACAGUGGCACUGGUGAGGAAACUAGAAGAGAAACAUCCUAAGGCCUCAGCUCAAAGGUGGGCCAUUAAACAUGGAGGAACAAGUAAGCCUGGUCAGUGGAAACAGUCAAGAGUGGAAAAUCCUUUGUGGAAUAAGUUGACCUAUAUGUGGCCUGUGCUUCCAAAUGGAGAACUAAACCAGGCUUUUGACUGGCCCAUUGAAGGCUUGCUGAUUCCAAACAGCCCUCCCUUGAAGAAACCUACUAGUAAGAAGUCAGACAGCUAUAUGCCUCUGAGACUCAGAGUUUUGAAAAAUGGAGAACAGGACAAAAGCAAAGCCAUCUUUGUUCUUGGACCCGACUGUACAACUGUGGCUAAAAAACAAAAUGUUGACCCAGAAAGGAAACAGAAAGUGAAGAGACUCCCGAAGGCACACGAUGAUGCUGAUUCGGAAAAGAAAAUACACCGGAAAGAAUUCCAGCAUUUUCUGGAACGGUGCACCAUGGCAUUGAAUUUGCCUUUUGCUGCCAGAAGACUGUUCACUGAAAAGGGGGUCGAAAUCUGUCUUUUGGAAGACUUGGAGAGAGAUCAGCUGAUUUAUGUUUCCUGUGGAGAGCAAUGGAUUAAUCCAUACUGGACUAUGACUCAGCAGAAGAAACGCCUCCAGCUUAGUAAUUUAGCAUCUGAUAUAACUGCUAUUCGUGCCUACUGUGCCAUGCGAAACACAACAAAUCUUGCUUUAGAAGUCAAGAAUGACAUUGUUGCUGGGGCGAAACUAUCUGUUGAAAGAGCUACAGUGGAAUUUGAAGAGAAGAAGGUUGUGGAAGAGCUGCAAGAAAAAGAAGCUACUGAAAAAGUAGAAUACAAUGUGGAUGAAUGUCUGACUUCACAUGCAAAAUCUCAUCUUAAAGCAGAUGCAUCUUAUACACCCAUGAAAUAUGCUUGGCAACAAAAUCUCUAUGAUUUUGAUGAGGACUGCAGCCUUCAGAAAGAUAAAGAUGAACUGUUCUUUGAAGAUGCAGAGUUAUAUAAAAAAUACAGGCAUCAGCCUAAACUGACUGAAGAUUUGCAGAAAACUCAUCAUCAACAGUUUGAAUUUAGAAAUGGGAAGAUUAUCAACUGUAGCUUUCGAAAUCUUGCUUUAGGUGUGGAGAAUUCUGACCUGCGUUCUGGCGCUGAAGUGGUUUUGUUGGAAAAGAAAUGUGACAGUAUCAAUCAACACUGGAUAUGGAGAGAGGAUAGCAGGACAUUUCAUCUUGUGCUGGACCCACAAUUAGUGCUAGCAGUAUCGAUGCCCAGCAUACUCAAUGGGUAUCCAAAGAGUCCUCUGGAAAUGCAAGGGUGUCCUGUCGUCCUUCAGAAACACAAAGAAUGUAAAAAUGGAGCUGCCAAUCAAAGGUGGAAUUACAUGGAAACUACAAAGGUUAUUAGUGCCUUUUACAGCACAACCCUGGAUCAAGAAAUCACAGCAGCAAAUUAUUCUUCGAUUUGCACAUUUUCCGUGGCCAGCACAGAGAAAAUAGACCAACCAGGCUACUAUUUUCUUUCACCGUGUGGAAAGCAGAAGGUAAAGAUAUGCUUGGCUUGUGCAAGGACCAUAAGAGGAAAGAAGGACCUGAAAAGGUUGCUCCCUGGUACUGUAUUCUCCUGUGCCUCUGGUUCUGAGGAAGGAAAGCAUUAUUCCAUCUGGCCCUAUAAGUGUCUUGAUGUUAACAAGACUGAUUUAUCCACUUCUGAAGCUGAAUCCACCUUACAUUAUUUAGAAGAAUUUCUAGCGUCUUUGAGGACAGAAACAUCAUUGCAAAUAAUCUCAGAAAAGAUGUCCGCAGCUGUAAACCAAAGAGCAGUGAAAAUAAUUGCAUACAGAAAUGGAGCUGGGUACAGAAAUGGGCAGCUAAUUGUUGCUAAUACAUUCCCUAUGCUGCUUUCUUUAUGCACAAGACGACUUGAACUUAACAGGACAGCAAGUAGACUGUACACAAGUGAAGGGACCUUAAUUCUUACAUUGAAGGAUUUAGUCUUGAGCGCUGUAAAUGAUUAUUUCAGAAAGCAGGAGUCUGAAAAACGAGGUGAAGGAGCAACUUUUGUUCCUGGCUUUAACGAAAACGCAUCUGUGUUGCUUGUGAAAGAUAAGGAGUCAGAGGAGAAAAUGAACUCCAAGUCUAUACCAUCAGUGAUGACUCCAGAUAGUUUGACCUUGGUUGAUGAUUUUUUGCUCACCAUCAUUCUUAGAAAUCCAGUUGAGGUCUGGGUUUCCACUGGAGAACCUUUCUUGCCUUUGGAUACUUUGCAAAAUGCAGAAAGGGAAGGACGACAAAAAUGGUCAGAGAAAGAUAAAAUUCUGGCAGACCUAGAUGCAAUGAAGCACAAAAUGAGACAACUACAAGGGCGGCGCAUAGCAAAAUCUAAAGCAGCCAGUUUGGUGCCCACUAAGAGCCCCCUCCAGCCUGUGGUUGUAGAAGGAGGCUGGACUGAGGAAACUCAAGAAGAGAUGAGGCUCAUGGAAACCAUACAACAUACAGAGAUGCACCUUUCAGAGCUUCAAGCAUUACAAUUCAAAAGAACUUCUCCAUUUUCUCCUAAACUACUGGUGAAAAGUCACAGAGAGCUCUACAGGCAGCCAACAACUAAAAGAGUGUGGGCUUAUGUGAAUGGAUUUGCACCUGAGCAAGGAGCUUAUGCCUGGGGGCAAACAAUUGCAGAGCUACUUGACAGUUGUACAACUCAGCUAAAAAUGCCACAACCUGCAAAGACAUUGUACACACCUGAUGGUGAGCAGCUGCAGGCAUGGGAUGAAAUAGAAAGAGACAUGAUUGUUUGUGUUUGCACAGGCCAUCCCUUUAUGAGCAGAAAAGCCAUGAAACAUGAAUUGGAAGUUAGAGCUCUUUAUGCCAGAAUUCGGAAACAGCACGGUCCAGAAUCUACCAACAUUAUUGUCUUACCAUCAGAAAAAGUUACCGGGAAGGUCAACACAAAUGGCAGUCUUCUGGCUCUUACAUGCAGAACUGAUCAGCAUUCCAACGACUAGAAGAAAUUCUUUGGCUAUCGGUGAAUAUUACCAGAAAACUGAAACCUUAUCUGCAGAUUUUAAUUAAUCGAAUAUAUAAGUUGAAUAGAUUUUUGUGGUCGUUUCAACAACAUGCCCACACUGGCUUAUGUAAAAUGUACAAUGACAAUAUUUCAUUGAGUUGACUUUUCUCUGACCUCUGCACAAUAUACUGGUUUUGGGAAAUCAGUUAGUAUGUGCAGCAGUUUUGAAUGUACUGGAAAUGCUGAGCAAAAAGGAGACGUAUAUCUUAUGCCACAUGAAAUCACCAGAAUUUGAUGUUGUGUUCUCAGUGGUUUCCGAGCUACAUGUAUUAGUGUCACCUCUCAAACUAAAUCAGCAAUUUGAAGGUUAUGGCUAUUUAAAAUAACUUUUAGUGCCUCUUAAGUACUUAUGUAAUUAUAAGUUAUCAUUUAAAUUACAAACUAUUGUUAUGUAUUUUGGAGAUCUAUAUUUCUGUCUGAAUCUUUGAAACAAUUUAUAAUAUUCCAAUUACAGUUUGUCAUAA